AUGACACAAAAGAGAGCGGCCUCCGCGCGCCCCUCGUGCUUUGUCACUACGGUCUUUGAACUGUGCUACUCGUUCAUGAGUUUUAAUUUGUUUACAACGUUGAAACGUCUAGAAUCGACAAUUAAAUAUAGCGUGUUUGCUAUAAGUGCAAUACAAACCAAUGGUGAUUGGAUGACGAUCUCAGCACGCUCCCCGGAUAAGGAGCCGUCGCCGCCAAAGCAGAUCAACUUCGCAGAGCCGCUGGUCGAGUCGGUGCGCGUGUACCUCGCCAAUGAGCUGCCAGCCAAGCAGCUAGCGCUGGUGCCGCGCGCGCCCUCGCCGACGCCCCCGCCCCCACCGCCGCCGCCGGUCUGCCAUGUCGACAUAGUGACGAGCACGGCCCGCGAGGACAUCAAGGGCAUUAACUUCGAGGCGCGACUCAAACGGAAUGACUUGAACAACAACGCCUCGCGACGCCACACCGACACACGCGAGAUGCCCAGCCAGGCCGAGCUGAUGCAGCGGCAGCCGCUGCUAGCGCGCACCGUCAAGACAGACGCGCCGCAGCCCACCACGGAUGAAUCCGACCCCGACCAGGACCACUCACCUCAGCGCAUUCAUGCCGGCGACUUCAUGGUCGAGAUACCGCCCGGGACGGUGCGCGAAGAGAGAUAUCCGAAAGAAAUAUGGAAAACGAUAUUAUCCUUCUUUUUCCUGUUUAUCUGCGUUUGCAUCAACAUGAUGUCAUUAUCCUUAGUACACGAACGACUUCCGGACAGAAACACGACGCCGCCGCUGAACGAUAUAGUGUUAGACAACAUUGAAGCACACGACUGGGGCCUGGCCGUGUCGGAAUACCUGAUCAUGAUAUCUACGACGGUCGCCAUGCUCGUUGUCAUCUUCCAUAAGCACCGGUUCAUCGUCGCUCGACGCGUAUUUUUCGUGAUCGGCCUACUCUACCUGUACCGAUCGGUUACGAUGUUUGUCACCGUGCUGCCGGUCUCGAGCAAAACCUACGUCUGCAGUCCCAAGAGCAACAACGCUACGACGCCAUUUGUCGUUAUAAGGAGAAUGUUCUAUUUAAUAUCCGGCUUCGGACUGUCUAUAAACGGAAAGCAUACUUACUGCGGAGACUACAUAUACUCCGGGCACACGAUGGUGCUGGUGCUGAGCUACCUGAUAGUGGCAGAGUACUCGCCCAAGAAGCUGUGGCCGGUGCACUGGGCGAUGUGGGGCUCGGCGCUGCUGGGCGUGACGUUCGUGCUGCUCGCGCACGGGCACUACACGGUGGACGUGGUGAUCGCGUACUACAUCACCACGCGGCUGUUCUGGACGUUCCACUCGCUGCUGGCGACGCCGCACCGGAGCGGCGGCGGCUACGGCCACUACAUGAUCCAGCGCGAGUGGUGGUACGGGAUGUUCACGUACCUGGAGCGCAACGUGCGCGGGCCCGUGCCGCGGCGCUACGACUGGCCGCUGCCGUGGCCGCGCACCAAGCUCUUCAGCCGGCUCAGC